UUGAGAAUUCCUUCAACUGAAAACGUGUUAGACAUCGGGAAAGGGCUUUUGUUGGCGUUGAUUACAAGGCAACAUAUACUGUCUACAGAUUAUGCCAAGAAGAUAACUUUGUUUGGAGAGCUCCGCCUCCCAACUUGCCCAUCAGACGUCCUUUCACCUCCCUGUGCCCUUGCACUGGCCUUUCGUUCUCGCCUCCCUAGGCGGGCGGUGCAGGCUGAGCGUGCGCGCAGGCGCAGAGAAAGCCUCGUGUACCUUUUCAAACUUUGCAGCCGAUCGACUGGAACUUGGCUCGUGGGAGGAAGGAGCCGAAGGUGAAGCUGCUGUGCUGGGUUAGCCUUGUAUAGACUUUGGACUCUUUCCAAGUGGACACGCUGUCUGGAGGCACGAAGGAAAAUAAAUUCGAUCUGAGCUCUAAUCACCUUUCUUAUGAAGGGUUCAACGGAUUAUCUCCUGAAGCUUCUUGGCAUUAUUUCCCCUGUUGUUUAAACAGAAACCACAACCGCAUAUAUGAAUGUCUUCUGAAUGAACAAAAUGGCUCUAAAGAAUUCCAAACAGAAAAAGAAGUAUAAGUGCUGCCCUUGUUUGCCACCACCAUCUCAGCAGGAGGAUGUUCCUGGAGAGCAGCUUACUCACUUUGAUUCUGAGGAAAAGGAAGCUAGACUUCUGUGCCUGUUUGGGGACUACCUUGAUUAUUUGGAAACACCUUCUAAAAAUGAGGAAAAAGUGAAAGUAAAAACCAAGAAGCAUAAAAAAAAGUGGAAGGCAGAAAAGAAAAAGAAGCCCAGUCUCCUUAUCAAAAAAGAAAACAUGUGUGAAGCAAACAUGAAUGACUCAGUUCUCAAAAAAGUGAAAUGUCUUAGAGAUAGUAAAAAUCAUGAUGAGGUAACCGAUUGCUUGGAUGAUAAUAAAAGAGAGUUUUGCAAGAAGCUGGAUUCCUCUAUGUUGGAAUUUCUUGCUAAAAAGAAGGGCAAGAAAGCAAAGAAACAACUUGACUCUGAAUGUAUUGAUGGCAGUCGACAGGUCUUUAGAGAGAAAAAUCCAAAACAAUACUAUAAAAUGUUUAAAGCAAUUCAAAACAACCAGAGCACAGACAAGCAGCUCUUCUGCCCCUUAUCCCCAGAGCCCUAUGUAAGUGGAAAAGGUGAGCGAAAGGAAUUAACUCAGCAAGAAACUCCUUGGCUUCAGAUACCUUGUAAAAGUGAAGCACUUGAUUCUACUGUGCAUUGUUUUAAAGGUAGCAUCAUAAAAGGCUUCAAACAGAACAUGAAAUUACGUAAGGAGGUCCUGCUCACAGCCAGCACCUCUGAGGUAAAGAGCUGUGCUGGUAAUACAGAGCCCCUCUUGUCGUCAACCCCAAGAAGACUGGAGGAUCAAAUUCGGCACCCUGAAGAACAGCUCGAUAUGGGAGACCCAAAAGACAACAGGCCUUCUCAUACUAGUUCAGAUCCAGAAGUAAUAAGCAGCAGCUUUGAUAGUCAAGAGCUCUUUAUAACUCAGCAGCCUCUCUUUCCACUGCAGAUUCCCAGUAGCUCCUUACCUCUUCAUCAUCCAAAAACUGCUAAAGAGGCCAUUCCAGAAGAGAGCUACAAUGACAGCAGCUCAUCUGACACUCUGCAGUCAUCCCAGAGGUCUGCUGAGACAGAAACUUUUCAGAAAGGUUUUCAGCUGACUCCAUGCAGUCUGACACCAAAUAAGAGAAGCGGGUGCUUUUCAUCUACACGAGAAUGUGCAAUUCAGACAGAUGACUUCUUCAGUUCCUCAGCAGUAGCUUCCUCUUUAAUAAUUAAAAAGCAGUUUGCAGAUUGCCACGAGCAACCGCUGGACCUCAGCUUGCCUUACAGAAUCAGAUCUGCUGCCGCCGGUGCCAAACUGAUGUCCUAUCAUUUGGAAGGCACAGGUGAUGGUAUUCAUGUACCCACCAGGUGUAAGUUAGAGCCUGCCAUCUCAGUGCUUGAUGAUGAAGGGGGAAACAUUACUGGUUCCCAGUCUCUAAAGUCAAGUGAUAUAAAAUACGUUCAGAUGCAUCUGAAUUCAUCCUACUACUUUAAGGUAAAAGGGGACUCAGUUGCUACUGUGUCUGGAACUCCACUGCUGAGGCUGAGGGAUCCAGUAUCUGGAACUCCACCAGGAAAGCUGACACUGGAAAAAAGGAGAAAAAUAUGACAGUAGACAGGAGAAAAGUUAUUUCUAUGUAUCUGAAGCUAGCAUAUAUAGAUGCUUAUAGAUUACCAUACUGAGGAAAGUUUGCAGUGAUGUGCUGAAUGACAGCUCAGUGCCUUGAGCUGCUUCCCAAUUCAGUGUCCAUAGGAUUAAAAUUAUGGGUCCCAGUGCUUGUACAAGGGGACAAUAUGUCCCUCAGAAGGACUGGAUUCCUGCUUCAGGCCAAGUGCUGUUGCUGAAACAGCUGUGACAUCAACAGGAUAAUUUGCUGGAAGCCACAAAGAGAGUAGGGCAGGCAAAUUAUUUUUAGGCUCCAUGUGAAUUCCUCUCAAAGAGCUUGCUUCCCUGCAAUGUUCCAUGCAGCAUCCAAACAGGAAUUGUGCAAAAUAUGGGAUCUGCUUCCGAUGAAUAGCUGUAGCAGAUCUGCUGGCUGGGAAAGACUCCAGUACUUGAGUCCGGCCUGCAGUUCUUCUCAUGAAUAAGCAUCCCAGCCUGCAACUUUACACAGCAAGUUUGGGUGCUUACACAGGUAAUUAUUUUGCUGUUUUCAGAUCAAACUGCUGGGCCACAAAGAACAGCAGCAAAAUGUUUCAGAAAGAGGAGCAACAAGGAGGGGUAGUGUGUCUGUCCACCACCUGUAAAAACACUCCUAGACUAUCUAACUGAUCGUUACUUAUGGUUUAAGACACCAGACAAUAUAGUUUGAUGUUGCCCAGUCAAUUUUUUGGUAUUAAAAAAAGUUUUCAAUUUUGUAUUUUAAAAAAUCAUUGCUCAAUAUCCAGUAGAGUUAUGACUCUGUAACACUGCACUGUGGGACUGCUGCACCUUUCAAAGAUAGCGUUAAGGUUACACACCAAAGUGGUUAUGCAAGCAACAGUUCUGAAAAGUUCCCCAUUCGCCCAAAUGGGAAUUCUGCAGACACGCUGCUUGCUCAGCUGCCCAUUUUGCACAGCCCUGAUGCCGCCCUUGAGGGGCGCAGCAGCCUUGCAGUGACAUGAUGCUGUGCUGGAUGUCAGCCGCUGUUCACAUUUUGAAGUUGUAAUGUGCAAACUACUGAAAUGUCUUUCAUUUGUCAUUCGUAGCAAACUUUGUAAUAGCAUUCAUUUUAAUCUAUAUUCCUUUCUGUGCUUUUCUGUUGUAACCUGUUACUUGUCCAUGUUUAGAUUUUACAUUUAAAUUAAAUACAUACAUUAAUCUUAUCAAAGAGGGCAUCUAAGUUAAAAAUUGCAAUCUAUAAAAUAGUUUAAGCCGUAAAAUUAGUAAUAGCUUACUCAUGCUGUUUGAAUAUAUUACGUUUUGUGAUACAGUUAUGGCCAUAGUGCUUGGUUUUUAGCACUGCAAGUCUGCACACAUUAACAGAAACCCACCUUCAAGUAUAAUGUGUGUUCUACAGUAUGUUAGUCUAAUCUCAAAGUGCAUUUCUGAUAUAAACCAUGAGCAACUGAAUUCUUUACAAACCCAAGUUGCAUGUUGUUCUGGGGCCCAGAUGACACAUGACAACAGCAGAAUUACAUUUAUAAAUGCAGGCCUGCCCCAUUUAUAUGGAAAGUGGAGUGUGAUUUAAAGGGAGGUAUGCAGGAAGGGUUUAUUUAACUCUUCCACUUUUAGCCCUGCAGUCCAUCUUUCCAAGUGCUAUUAUUCUACCUGGGAACUGAUAUUGGUCUGUGGAAGCAAGCUCAUCUGGUGGGUUGCUGGGGAAGGAGCUGUGGCAGGCAGGGCAGGGAGCUGUUGAUGAGAGAAGCUAAAAGUUCCUACCCCCCUGGGGCCAACUUACAUCCCUACUUUACAACUCAAUGAAGCAUAUCCUUUGAUUAAAAACACUGUGGGUGAGUUCACAUGAUUGGCACAAAGUUCAGUUGCUAGAAAUCUCUCCUUCCUGGGGAGUGUGUAUUCUCAAUGGGUGUGUCACAUGGACCCGCCAAAGCCUGGUUGCCAAGAUUUUUGCCUGACAUUCUCUGCCCAACUUCAAAAGUUGAUUACAGAUGUUAGGUGGAUGUCAGGUGAAUGUCUGGCAGAAGCCUUGGGUACCGGACUUUGGCAGAUUCAUGUGACAUGUCCAUGAGGAGUGCACAAUUCCUAGGAACUUUAUGCCAAUCCUGUGAACCCACUUUGUCUACUGUUGUCACAUUUAGUUUUAGCCUGACUUUAAACCUGAUUCCAUUUAAAAAGUUUUCUCUAUUUAGCCUGCCUAGUUUGAAACAGAUAAGCAUGGCAGUAAUUUAAUGUGCAUUAUCAACCUUCCCCCACUCUUAUGGGUUUUAUAUUAACACAUACACAUGUAGUUUCUUCAAUAUUGGAGCAGUAUUAGCAAACACAUUUAUUUGAUUGCUUUUUCUUUUUUGUGAGAAAAAUUCUAUAUUCAUACUUUUGAGAAUUGCAUAUGUUGUACAAAUUGACUAGCAAUAAAUGUACAAUUUGUAAUUUGUACAAAUUGACUAGCAAUAAAUUUAAGUAAUCUUUAAAAACACCUAUGCCUUAUUAAAUACUGUUGGUUGUUAAAUGA